AUGGAUCCCCAAGCUUUGCCGCCAUAUGCUCCUACGCCAACGUUGUCAAGGAACAUAUCCAUCAACCUGAUCAACUCCUCCAGGCUGCCUUUGAACUCUGAGAUACAGCUAUACACAUCGAACAAGGAGAGAAACUUAUAUGAAUCGCUGGGCGAGAUAUAUUCCAUCAUAAUUGUUCUGAACUGUUUGGAAAAAGCUUUCAUCAAGGAUUCGCUUCAUUUCGAACACGGGGUUGAUGGUAAUGACGAAUACACCAGAACCGUUACGCGAUUGCUAAACCAGUAUAUGGUUCUUCUCAAAGAUGAAGAUGUGAGCAGGGAGUUUGGUUCACUUGAAAAGUUUUGCCAGGAAUACAAGAUCGACUGUCCUCUGGCCAAAAGUCGAAUCAACAUUGGAGUUCCUGCUACAGUGGAGCAUUCCAUAUCUACCAGGAAUCUUAAUGCCCAAUCCGGUUCACAAAGUCAGGUUGGAAUUUCUGAUUUGAAUGGAGGAAAUAGAUCGGCACGUGCGGUGGCUGAGGCAACUGGCAACUUCAUAACCACCAUGGAUGCUGUGAAGUUGAACUAUCGUACUAAGGACCAACUGCAUCCCCUUCUUUCAGACCUAGUUACCUCCAUCAAUAAAGUCCUGAAUGGGAAAGAAUUCGAUGGCCGUUCCAAGCUCAUCAAUUGGUUGAUAAAGCUGAAUAAUCUGGGGAUCAAUGACCAGCUAACCGAUGAUGACUGCAAGCAGUUAUUGUUUGAUCUUGAUGUCGGCUAUAAGGGCUUCUAUACAGAGCUGGAGUGA